UGUAUAUGACAGCGGCGGAGUAGGAUGUUGUGAUGUGGAUGAGUUCUGACGAGGUGUGUGAAGGUACUAAAAAAGUCAAAGGGCAGUAAUGAGAAGAGAGUUGUGGAUAGAGUGGUGUAGCGUCUUUUUACACACCGUAGAGUAGUGGCGUGUAAGCUAGCCCCAUGAAGUGUAAGAUGUGAUUUGAAAGUUAUAUAAUUCAGAAAUAUUUUUUUACUGAUCCGCCUCUAAUCUUCUUUUUUUAUCUGUUUAGUAAUUAUCAGCAAAUUAAUUACCCGCGCACGUACUUUUAGAUCUCGAAUAUCAUUAUGUCUGGAAAAGUACCCUCAUCAAAAUCCCACGCGGCUAAGAAAACCGCUGGAAAAACCCUUGGAGUAAGAUACCGCAGGAAGAAGCGUGUUGAGUCUUUUUCACUUUACAUAUACAAGGUGUUGAAGCAGGUGCACCCGGAAACUGGUGUGAGUAAGAAGAGCAUGAGCAUCAUGAACUCCUUCAUCAACGACGUCUUCGACCGUCUCGCUCUCGAGGCCACCAGGCUCAUCAGGUACAACAAGAAGAGCACUCUCAGCUCUCGCGAAGUCCAAACUGCCGUCAGACUCCUCCUACCCGGCGAACUCUCAAAACACGCCGUCUCCGAAGGCACCAAAGCCGUCACUAAAUACACCACCUCCGGAGUCUAAUUUAAUCUUUAAUAUUGAUUAAUACUCUCCUC